AGGGAAAACACUAAAAGCCCGGCUUUUUUCAAGGAGCCUCUGACUGAGGCCAGAGCUCGAGGCUUUUCGUCAAGUAUGAUGCCGUUUUAAAAGAGAGGAGAAAAAGCACAGAGAUGCUGAGAGGACAUCGUUAACCUUGAAUGCUGUUUUGUCACAAACUCUUGAUACACACUGUGUUGUGAUGGGCACUGUGAGUGAGCUGUGUGCCUCCAGUUUCCAGGCGUUUCUCUGUCCUACGGUGCGACCAGGGGCACCUGUUGCAGCCACAGUGCCUGAUGACCUCAGUCCAGAGGAGAGACAGGAGCUGGAGAGCAUCCGCCGCAGAAAACACGAGUUACUGCAGGACAUACAAAGGCUGAAGGAUGAGAUAGCAGAGGUGACCAGUGAGAUUGAAAACCUGGGCCUGACUGAAGAGAGGAAAAGCAUGCAGAGGAAUAAACAGAUGGCCAUGGGCCGGAAGAAAUUUAACAUGGACCCCAAGAAGGGGAUUCGCUUCUUGAUUGACAGCUCCCUGCUGAAAAACACUAGUGAUGACAUCGCCCAGUUUCUCUACAAGGGUGAGGGGCUUAAUAAGACGGCUAUCGGCGAUUACCUAGGAGAGAGAGAUGACUUCAACAUUGAGGUUCUGCACGCCUUCCUGGAGUUACAUGAAUUCACAGACUUGAACCUGGUUCAGGCUCUCAGGCAGUUCCUGUGGAGCUUCAGGCUGCCCGGCGAGGCUCAGAAGAUCGACCGCAUGAUGGAGGCGUUCGCCCAGCGAUACUGUCGCUGUAACCCCGGAGUGUUUCAGAACACAGAUACCUGUUACGUGUUGUCGUUUGCUGUAAUCAUGUUGAACACGAGUCUACACAACCCUAACGUGAAGGACAAACCCUCUGUUCAGAGAUUCACAGCGAUGAACAGAGGCAUCAACGAUGGGGGAGACCUGCCAGAGGAGCUACUCAGGAACUUGUAUGACAGCAUCAAAAAUGAGCCCUUUAAGAUCCCAGAGGAUGAUGGGAAUGACCUCACACACACCUUCUUCAACCCCGACAGAGAAGGCUGGCUGCUGAAACUCGGUGGACGUGUCAAGACCUGGAAGAGACGCUGGUUCAUUCUCACAGAUAACUGCCUCUACUACUUUGAAUACACAACUGAUAAAGAACCUAGAGGAAUUAUUCCACUGGAAAAUCUGAGUAUCAGAGAAGUCGAUGACUCCAAGAAGCCGAACUGCUUCGAGCUCUUCAUCUCAGACAGCAAAGAUCAGGUGAUCAAAGCCUGCAAGACGGAAGCAGACGGACGUGUCGUUGAGGGAAACCACACUUUUUACAGAAUCUCUGCCCCGACCGCAGAGGAGAAGGAUGAAUGGAUCAACAGCAUUAAAGCUGCCAUCAGCAAAGACCCGUUCUACGAGAUGCUGGCAGCUCGGAAGAAGAAGGUCUCAUCUCUGAAGGGGCUGUAGAGCUGCUGAGGAUGAACCAUUGAAAGGUUAGACUCCAGCUGACUGGAUGUGGACCUGAUACUCCUGCUGCUGCAGUGACACUUGGACCUGACGGAGAGGAUUCAGCUUUUAAAGAAAUGCUGUUCCUCUGUCACCUUUUGAACUGGCACACCUUCAGCGCUGAACACAGAGUGUAAAAGAAGUGGACGUAGCCACUGUGACGUCACCCACUGGUUUGUGGACUUCCCUUUUGAAGCCUGGAGUUUGGCAUUCAGCCAUCGCCAUAUGUGGACAAGAGGAUGGAGCUGUGGAGGAUACACAUUGCUACGCCUUUAUCCUGAUUGACAGGUCGCUGUGAAAGCGACUUGUAUCACAUGGUAGCCAGGUCUUAAGCAUACCCUGCUUUAUCAUCUAUUUUAAUGUACAAAACGAACAUCAUGCUGUGCUUAAAAAGACUUGAAACUAAUGAUUAAGAUCAUAAACGCAUCAAGAAAAUGUUUACUGAGGUAAUAAAUCAAGUGAGAAGAGGGGCCAUUUUCUCAUUGACUUUUAUACAACUAGUGGCAUCGCCCCCUGCUGGCCAUUAGAAAGAAUGCAGGUUUAAGGACUUUAUAUUGGCUUUUCAGAUGAGGAGGCUACAUUCACUUCUUUUAUAUAUUCUGUUUUUUACAGGUUUGACCUUUUGUUUAGUUUAAUUUCCCAUCCUGAGAUAAAAUCAGUCAUACAUCUCUUUUUAAAAAAAAAAAAAAAAAAAUCCUUUUAAACACUCGACUUCUGCAGUACUGUAUCGAUGCUGUGCCCUCUGGUCAGGACUCCCACUCCUCUUAAAAUCUGCUGUAAUGACUGUUGACAUGUGUCUGAUCCACUAUUUCAUUUACACUGUUUGGUCUCUGCAGAGACUCAAACAGCAGAUGAUUUCAGUCAAAACUCAUUGGAACCUGAAUUCAUUUUAAUAGUUGAACACGAGAUGAGACAAAGACACAGUAUAGUACAUCAGGAGGAGGAUGGAAACAGCUGAUGGAUGAAUCCCAUCAAGAGAAGUUAAAAUUGUAACCUUUAAUCUCUAUUUUGAUCAGCUGAGGUCUGUUUAAAAGACUUAAUCAAGAUAAAAUUAUUCAUCUCGUCUGGAAUGCUGGACUUUGUCAUUUUGUCUGAUUUGUUCUGAAAGUUUUUUUUUUUCCUGUUUUCUUACUGCUGUUUGUCAUUUGUCAAAGCACUGUUAAUGAAAAUGAAGGUGAUGCAUAAAUAGCUACAUAUUUAUUUACCCAAAUUUCUUGUAAUUUAUUGUUUUUGAGUUUUGUCUCAUUAAAAGUUUGCAAAUUAA